AUGACCAAGAAUCAGAAGACUGUGUGUAUAAUUGGCGGUGGACCUGGUGGGUUGGCUGCUGCAAGAGUGUUAUCUAAGGACUUCCCUGAAGCUAAGAUUACGUUGAUCGAGAAAGAAGAGGAUGUUGGUGGUGUAUGGUAUUAUCCCGAGAAUAAUAAAGAAGGUAGAGUCAUGUAUGAUUACCUUGAGACCAAUUUAUCUAAGGACCUGAUGAAAUUCAGUGGCUUUCCCUUCAAGGAUGAUGUCCCUUUUUACCCUAGAAAGAAUCAAGUGUUCGAUUACUUAAAGGAAUAUUAUCAAACGUACAUCAAAAACCACUCUAAUGUUGACAUUGAGCUUGAGACCGAGGUGAUUAACGUUGAUAAGAAGUCUGAUAAGUGGAUUGUUACCACGAAACACGCCAAUUCAGAGACAGUAAGGGAAUUAGAUUUUGUCAUUGUCUCAAAUGGUCACUUUAAAGAACCAAAAUACCCUAAGGAUGUCUUUGGGUUAGAUUCAUGGCUAUCCAAUGGUAAAGCCUUCCACUCAAAGGAUUUCUACAAUUGUGAAUUUGCCAAGGACAAAAAAAUUAUUGUUGUAGGUAAUGGAAGUUCAGGUUCAGAUAUUGCCAACCAGAUUAGUACAGUGGCUGCCAAAGUAUAUGUGAGUGUCACAAAUGUGGAAGAUUUCAAGGAUAAGAAUAAUGACCCCGAGUUUAUAGUAGAAUACAUUCCAAAGAUCAAGAGUGUUGGUGGUGACGAUUCCUCUGUUAAAUUGGAGGAUGGCAGAGUCAUAGAGAACAUCGACUAUAUCAUAUAUGCAACCGGAUACUUGUAUUCCCUUCCAUUUUUUGCUAGCCACAUCUCUGAGAAGCUUCUGAAGCAAGAUCAAUCUGGUAUCACUAACUUGUGGGAACAAUGUGUAUACAAGGAGGACCCUACACUAGGAUUCCUGCUGCUUUCGAUAAUGGUUGUCCCUUUCCCACUCGCCGAAUCACAAUCCACCAUCCUUUCUCAGGUAUUCCAAGGCAACAUUGAUAUCGCUACUGUAACUCCUAGUAGAGACGAAGUUGAACACGAGAAAAACUACGGCCAUAAUUUCCCAAAGUUGUCGGAUAUUGAUUUCUACCGUGAACUACAAGAUAUACUGGACAAGCAUGGUUCAAACACAUUCAAACCAGUAGUAUGGGAUGAAGUCUACGAAAAGAAAAGAAAGGAAUCCGCAGAGGUCAAGCAACAAAGAAAUGAAUACUUGGCAAAGCACGCUCAAAAGCUACACAAGGAGAACCGUCCAUACUAUUUACCUGAUAAUUUCUAG